CGUUCGCUGCUGGAUCGCUUAUCUGAGAUCUCAAAGUCCGCCUUUCGCCCGUGCGCUCUCCCCUCUCCGCAGACCUGCCAUGGAUGUUACUCCUGGAUGUGCAUUCUUCAUUAUUUUCCUUCACUUUCAGCACACGGAUACUCUUUACAUCGCCAGCAGUAUAGAUUCCCUGCAGCAUGUCCUGAGGGAGUAUGGGCUAGUGAGGCCGGUGAGCGUGGAUGCAGACGGACGCUUCCUCUCCCACGCCGUCUCUGCCAGCCGGUUGAGUGGGCAGGGGUCCCACCGGCGCAGGAAGAGGCAGGCCAACCAGCAUGGAGAGACCAAUGAGGAGACGAACUCAGAGCAGGACCACCUGAGGCACAAGGAGACACUCUUUUAUAAUGUCACUGUUUUUGGACAGGAGUUUCACCUUCGCCUGAGGCUAAAUUCCAGGCUUGUGGCCCCUGGAGCCAAAGUGGAGUGGCUUGAGGACGAUAACCAAACACAUUCUGAGCCCUUGUUGCCCAGUGACUGUUUAUAUGUGGGUUAUGUUACCAAUGUGCAGGAUACUUCAGCGGCUAUCAGCAAUUGCGAUGGCCUGGCGGGGAUGAUCCGUACAGGUCAAGAGGAGUUUUUUAUCGAGCCACUGGAGAGAGGAGGUGACAUGACAGGAGAGGAGGAAGGAGGACCCGGGCGUCAUCACAUCGUCUACCGCUCCUCUGACAUCAAGAAGCCGGUCGUCAAUCAACCCGCUGACUUUCACCCCAGAGGUUCGCCCCUGGGUCUUCAGGCUGGAUUGGAGUAUUUACCACACCAUGUUAAGAAAAAAAUAAAGAGCAACACUCGAACACGCAGAGAGACGUAUGAAGAUGAGAUCUUUAACAUCGAGGUUCUCUUGGGAGUGGACUGCUCCGUGGUGAUGUUUCACGGCAGAGAGCACAUCCAGAAGUACCUCCUGACCCUCAUGAACAUUGUGAAUGGGAUUUAUCAGGACAGUUCCCUGGGUGCCCAUAUUAAUGUUGUCCUGGUUAGAAUCAUGAUGCUCUGCUCCUCCAAGUCCAUGGGUUUGAUUGAACUGGGCAACGCUUCUCAGAGCCUGGAGAAUGUCUGCCGUUGGGCCUUUCUGCAGCAAAAAGAGGACAAGAAUGAUGCAGAAUACCAUGAUCAUGCUAUUUUCCUCACCCGACAAGAAUUUGGGCCCACUGGCAUGCAAGGUUAUGCUCCUGUAACGGGAAUGUGUCACCCUGUGAGAAGUUGCACUUUGAACCAUGAAGAUGGCUUCUCGUCUGCUUUUGUUGUGGCCCAUGAGACAGGACAUGUUCUAGGGAUGGAGCACGAUGGCCAGGCAAAUGAGUGUGGGGAUGAGGUUCCCAUGGGGAGUAUAAUGGCUCCUCUGGUUCAAGCAGCCUUCCACCGCUUUCACUGGUCCCGAUGCAGUCAGCAGGAGCUCAGGCGAUACCUCAAUACAUAUGACUGUCUGCGUGACGACCCCUUCGAUCAUGAAUGGCCAACUCUGCCCCAGCUGCCUGGUAUGCAUUACUCUAUGAAUGACCAGUGCCGCUUUGACUUCGGCAUGGGCUACAUGAUGUGCACUGCGUACAGCACCUACGAUCCUUGCAAGCAGUUGUGGUGCAGCCACCCCGAGAACCCUUUCUUCUGCAAAACCAAGAAGGGCCCUCCUAUCGACGGGACCAAGUGUGCAACAGGAAAGCACUGUUUUAAGGGUCACUGUAUCAAGCUGACUUCAGACAUUCUUAGGCAGGAUGGCCACUGGGGUCAGUGGACUAAGUUUGGCUCCUGUUCUCGUACCUGUGGUGGUGGAGUACGGUUCCGAACUCGAGAGUGUAACAACCCAAUUCCGGCCAACGGGGGGCGCACAUGUUAUGGAAACAGCUAUGAGUUCCAGCUCUGUAACACGGACGAGUGUGCAAAGGCCCUGGCUGACUUUAGAGAGGAGCAGUGCAAGAUGUGGAACCCACACUUUGAGCAUGAGGGCACCAAACACCAUUGGCUGCCCUACGAGCACCCUGAAUCUGAAGAGAGAUGUCAACUCUACUGCCAGUCAAAAGAAACUGGAGACGUGGUGUCCAUGAAGAGAAUGGUGCAUGACGGCACACAUUGUUCCUACAAAGACUCUUACAGCGUGUGUGUGCGAGGGGAGUGUGAGAAAGUGGGCUGUGACAAUGUUAUAGCCUCGGAACUAGAGGACGAUAAGUGUGGUGUGUGUGGAGGAGACAACUCUACCUGCAAGAUUGUCAAAGGAAAUUUUACCCGCAGCACAAGGAAACCAGGUUUUUUGAAGAUCCUGGAGAUUCCUAGAGGAGCACGCCACAUACAGAUCCGUGAAUUCAAAGGAACUCCUCAUAUUCUAGCGGUGAAGAACCAGGCCACAGAUCAUAUCUUCCUGAAUGACGAUGGUGAUUUUCCAGAGUCACGUACAGUAAUUGAGAAAGGCGUGGCAUGGGAGUACACUAACAAUGAUGACAUGGAGACGGUCCAGACCACCGGACCACUCAAAUAUGGAGUUCUCAUCAUGGUCCAGUCUCAGAGCAUUUCUAAAGUCACUCUUUCAUACAAAUACAUCCUGCCAGAAGAUCCACUCUCAUCAAUGGAGAACACACUGCCUCAGGACGACACAAUUUACUUUGAGUGGGCUCUCAGGAAGUGGUCGCACUGCUCAAAGCCAUGUGGUGGAGGGAAACAGUACACACGUUUUGGAUGCCGGAGGAAGUCGGAUGGCAAAAUGGUACACCGCACACUCUGUGCCAACAUACCCAAACCUCGCGCCAUCAGCCGAGCAUGCAACCAGAAGGAGUGCUCAGAACCAAUAUGGGUGACAGGAGAAUGGGAGGAGUGCAGUAAAUCAUGUGGUAAGACAGGUUCUCAGACUCGACCUGUACGCUGUGUGAGACCUGAACUGGACGGUUCAUACAAAGCCAUCAAUGCAAAGUACUGUAAUGACGACCGGCCUGAAGGGCGACAACCCUGUAAUCGUCACCUAUGCCCUGCGCAAUGGAGAACUGGACCUUGGUCUCAGUGCUCAGUGACCUGUGGUAAUGGAACUCAAGAGCGGCAGGUCAUGUGCAGCACCCCUGAUAAUGCCAUCGGUGCCUGUAUGGACACCAAGCCAGAGAGCAUCAAACCAUGUCUGCUGGCACCAUGUCCAAACGACAGAGGGAACUUCCUCAUCCAGUGGCUCUCCAGAGCAGACCCCGAGUUCCCAGCACCCAAGAUCUCCUCAAGAUCCCGCUGUAAAGGAGACAAGUCUGUGUUCUGUCGGAUGGAGGUACUUAGUAAGUACUGCUCCAACCCGGGCUACAGGCAGAUGUGCUGCAAGUCUUGCAACCAGAGCAACUACACCUCUGAAUUCAACCUGACUAGACCCUGGAUGUACACCACUAUCACCCCCACCGUAACUCCCACUGCCAUGGUUCGCAUUCGCACGACACAGCUGUACAGGACCUCGCAGAAGCCCGACAUAACAAUCACGCCAUCGGUCAGCAGAUGGAGAAACAUCAGCACCGAGCCCACAUAUUGGGGCUACACAACCACCGUGAACCCAAUAACCCUAAAACCAGAAACAACACCCCCUUUCGCCACUGGUUCUGUCACUGUGAGCACUAAGCUUCCCAGCACACUCGAUUACGAAGAAGAAACAAGCGCCCCCUUCUAUGAAGACGAAACCUGGAGCGACGUCUCGGACGAAUUCUUUUCAGAAUCCGAAUCGUCAGAGUUCAUCUCAUCGUCUGCAGAGCCUUGGCCAACAACGCCUGAGAAUAAAAACAUCGAGACAACUUUUUUGACAACGCUACCACCUAACAUUACUGCAACAACAAGCACUCCUGCCAUAAUCAGUCUCCAUCGGUCAGAAGACAAGAAGGAGAAUAACUCCAUCGACGUGUCCUACAGGAUUGUCAAUCCGAACGAGGUCACACUUAACCACUUUGUCCCCAGAAAGCGAGUGCCGUUCCGUGAGAAAACGCAUAAUAAAAGAAUUCAAGAGCUCCUUGCAGAGAAAAGACGACAAGACUUCCUGCUUCAAAGACUGAAACGAAAACCAGGAGACUGAUACAUUUCCUUUUCUUUAUCCCUGUGGUAUUUUGUGAGUGGUUUUACGGCCUCUACACUCUUUUUUGGCAUUUGCAAUAUUUUUACAGGAAAUAACCUCAGAUCUCAGUCUUUCAUGUAGUAUCUGUUCAAGGCAUCUGAUCGGAUAGAAAAAUGACCCUAGUCAAGUCUUCUCUCAUUUUUUAUUUUUUUUUGAAGGUGAGAUUGUCCCGGUGAUUUAAGGCUAGUUUAAAAACACAAGGGGUAUCUGUUGUGAAGAUCUGCCAGUUUAAGCUUCAAUCAGGCACAUACUGUAUGAUUUUUCCAGCCCUCUGUGAUUGUUGAAAAUGAUCCCUGUGAGAUCUUGAGUAAAAGUCAUGGCACACAGUGUGAGGUCAACAGUCAGACUGUACAAUACACAUCCACAAUUUUGAUCCCAGUGGUGAUGUUACAAGCAUAUACAAGCUGUGCAACAAAAUGUCACUCACCGCCGGAACCUUUAAGGCUGAGAAUCAUGGUGAAAUCUGCAGGUGUAUACACAUCAAGCAAAGACCUCAUAUUGUGCUUUACAGAAAUUUUACAAUGCUAAAAUUUGUCUUAGGUGGCAAAACUCUACAGUUUGAACCUGACUUAAAGCUUGCUGAAUUAAGACAUCCACAAAUCAUAUAUUGUCUCAAUUGUCUCAAAAAGGUUUAUUGACCCAGCUGAAAACUAAAUUAAAUCAGCUUAAGAUGGAUUUAGAUUAGUUUUGGUGAGCUGGUGAGGCUGACAGACCAGCUAAACCAGAUAAAUACCAUCCUGACCAGAAUAGAAGACCAGCUAAACCAGCCCAAACAAGACUAGCUAAAUCACCGGUUCAGUGCUUUUUUCUUGAGAAGAAUGAUAUUUCAACAUUUGGUUUAUCUUGUCUAAAGUUUUAAGUCAACUAACCUCCACUGCAUUACAGUAUAUAUAGAGCACAAGCGACCCUUAUUAAAAUGAACCAUGAUUUAAACACAAAUAAUACCAUGGUUACUACAGUUAAGCCAAGAUUGCCACAAAUUAACUACACUAAGCAUAGUUUAAUCAUUGUAUUUGUUAACUGAAAAUUGAAAACUGUGGUUAUACAAAUACAAAUCAACUCUCCAAAAAACAUGGUUAAUGCACUUUUACUACAAUAAAACCAUGCUUAAUUUUUUCUUGUGUAAAGAUGCAGUCACUUGUGAAACUUAGUCUACUUUUGUGGGCAAAACGGUCCAUUGUCCUGACAAGGUCUUUCAUAAUUUUCUGGUCCUUGACAGUGUUUCCCGGCAGUCAACGGGACACAAACCUCCUGUUUUUCAUCCAAAAUGUCUAAAUUGUGUUAAUGGGUUCGAAACAACAUGGGGGAUUAAUAACAAAUUAAUAACAGAGUUUUCAUUUUAAGGGUAACCCUUUAAAAGUGACUGCACCUCAAAUCUUGAUACUACAAACCUUAUGUUGAAAAAUCAUGCUCCUCUGGCUCUUAAUGUGUUCAGAAAUAUUUAUAUUCUGCUAAACGAACAAAUGUAAAACGGCUAGCUGCAGCAUAAUGGAAUGUAAACUACUUCUAACUUGAGCAAAAUGCUGAAUAAACAGCAAGAUGCAUCGCAGCAGGCAGAAGUGUCGCAAUGUUUCAAAGGGGGAAAAAAAAAAACACAGAUGGACACAAGUGCGAACGGCCCGUUCGGAUGACUGCUGUGAGAUUGCUGGUCAUCUCGUGACAUUUUGAAACAAAACAUUAAUUCUGUAACCACGUGACUAUUUCUUGCAAACACUUAUCUGGCUUCUCUCUUAAUAAAUGCACAGAUCUAAAUCCCUUCGUAAAUGUUGUAAAUAUGAAUUAGAAUUUAUUUUUUGUAUUUAUUGAAGUACCUGUGCUUUCUCCCAAAGCCGUUUUGUGUUCAUCAGACCACUUUUUUGUGCAUGCGGCAUGAGUGACAAUCCUUCACAUAUCCAAGAGCCAAUACUAUGAUAUCUCCUCUACAUUGUCCGAGCGCUGUAUUGAGAAAUCAGUGUAUAUUAAAAAUGCAACAGACCUCUGCAUUCCUCGUACAAGUGGACAUCUACAUUCUUGAUUCCUCACAUUCUUCACUUAAUAAAGCUGCAAAUGA